CUAUAAAACGCAGAGGCUCGUCGAGGGGUGAACAAUUCUAACCCUAGCUAUCGCCACUCUCGUCUCAUCUCUACAGCAGAGGAGCCCUAGGCACUUGCCUCCUCCUUCGUGGCCGCCGGUGCUCCAAGUCCAGCCCGCCACAGCCAGCGUUUGCAACUCCCACCAGCCGCUGCAACCAGCCGUCUCGGCCUCUCCCAGGCUUUGGUCGGUCUAGAUGAUUGCUAGUACAGCCACUGACCUACAAUCAACUCAUGAUCUCAGGAAUUCUGUCCAUGAAUUGUUAUUGCAGCCCAGCAGAAUGGAUGCCCAGAAGGAGAUAAAGAAUGCAACAGUGAUAAAAGUAAUUGGUAGGACGGGGUCAAGAGGGCAGGUCACACAGGUGAGAGUUAAAUUUAUGGAUUCAGAUCGGACAAUCACUAGGAAUGUGAAGGGACCAGUCAGGGUAGGGGAUGUCCUAACCCUACUUGAGACUGAAAGAGAAGCAAGAAGGUUGCGCUAAUGUCUGCUUUUUCUAAAUCACACAUGCGCGCGCCGCUCAGCAUUUGGCUAGUCUGGUUCGAGUAAUUUGUAAGUUUUAUUCCAAGUUGUCUUGGAACUUGAUCUUUUGUGCGGAAUGAUUUUGGGCGUCAACUUGUAUGAGAAUUUGGGACCUUCUUGUGGAAUGCUUUAAAGAUAUUUUUGAGCUAAUCGAGCUGUUGGGUUUUAAAUCA